AUUUUAAACUUACUUAUGCUUAAAAUACAAGAGUAAACACCAAGAGUCUUAGUAUUUCUUUUAUAUAAACAGUUAAAAAAGUUUUACAAGCAAUGGCAAAUGUAGUUCCUGGUGAAGAUGCACAGCUAUCUUUUCCAUUACCUCCGUUGCAUUUCUACCAACAUUACACUAACGAAAAUGUAAAAAAUGAUUUGGCACCUAAACCUCCAAAAGUUGUUGUUGGAGAAUAUUCCAUGUAUGGGCAUAUAUUUAAGACAGAUGAUCAGAUAAUACAGCCACUUGAGUCUCAAGGAAUAAUGCGGCUUUAUUCAAAAGAAGAAGAUUUUGAUCAUAUUGUGGAAAUGAAAAAGCUUAACCACUCCAUACUGGUGAAUUAUCUUGAACUUGUUGACAUAAUGAUUUAUGCUCCAGCAUCACCAGAACGGCAAAAAAAAAUUGAAGAAAUUAAAGUCUUGUUUAUCAAUCUUCAUCAUCUCAUCAAUGAAUUUCGUCCUCAUCAAGCUCGUGAAACACUUCGUGUUUUGUUACAUAGGCAAAAGCAGCAGACUUUAGAAACUGCUGACCGAUUACGAAGGGUGUAUCAAAAAGAUCAACAGAAAAAAAUAUUUCGUAGCCAAGAACUGAUGGCUGAAAAAUUUGAAAAAACUGAUUUUUUCGAAAAUAAAUGUCUGUUACAUCAAUGUUGGAUUAAUAUAAACAUAGAAAAAGCACGUUCAUUGUUGGCCGCUGCUGGUAAUUUGCUUCAACAGCCUGUUGUUAAGAAUGAAUUGCAGUCGAUUGAGGAUAGUGAUCCUACUCUAUCUGCAGAAGAAAAGUUAAAAGAUUUGUAUUCAUUAAGAGAAAAGUUGAUGUGCGACUUACUUGAUGAUAUUUCGUAGUUCAUUAAAAGGACUUUAUAACUUCUAAAAACAAGAUUGGUAGUUUUUAAAGGGGUCUAGAUUCUAGAUGGAUAAUUUAUACUGAUGGAUAAUUUAUACUGACAUUUAAGAAGCUAGAUUGUUGGUUUAAUUUGACGUGCUAGAUAAUUGAAAUUUAAUUUAUCUGGAAAAUUGUCUUAUAAACAAUUUGUUCAUCAUAAUAUUUAUUAAAAUAUUUCGUAGAAGAUUUCAUUCAGUGAAAAAGAUGUUGCUUAAAAAUCCGUUAAACAAUGCAUCAGAUAAAUUUUUUAUUUUAUAAUACUGUAAAACAUUAAUGCAUUAAAUUCUUUCAUUUUUCAA